AUGCUCGCGGCGCUUGCCUCGGCUGGAGAGAUUGGCGAUGCCGCUGCGCUCUUCGAUCGGAUGCCUGUCAGGGAUCUCAUCUCCUGGACGGCGAUGGUCCAGUGCUGCUGCCUCGGCGGAGAUCUUCCAUCGGCGAGGAGAUACUUCCACCAAAUGCCUCGCCACGACGCCAUUGUCUGGAAUGUGAUGAUCGAAGGCCACGCCCAGCGCGGCGAGCUGGAAGAGGCCAAGGAUCUUCUCGACGCGAUGCCACACCCCAAUGUCAUCUCUUGGACGAGCCUCGUCACGGCCUACGCUAGGAGCGGCGAUCUGGAUGGAGCCAGGAUGAUCUUCGAGAGAAUCCCCCGGCACGACCACGACGAGCUCUCCUGGAACGCGAUGAUCGCAGCGUAUGCGCAGAGUGGCAACGUUGCCGAGGCGGAGGAGCUGAUCCAAUCCAUCGAUGCCGAGAAUUUGGAGGAGCUAGAGGAGAGAAUGCGCCAUCUGGAUCAAGAUUAUCGGCCCGGGCACGAAGAUCUUGAAGAGCCUGGGGUUUCUUCCGGGAGAAUCAAGGCCGCCGCGCCCUGGAACAAGAUGAUCGCGGCGCUGGUGAAGAAGAAUCACCUGGAAGAGGCGCGCUGGGUCUUCGAUCGAAUGCUAGAGCCGGACAUCGCCUCGUGGACGCUCCUCCUCUCGGCCUACUUCCAGCGCGGCCAUCUCCAAGAAGCCCAGAGCAUAUUCGACGCCAUGCCGGCGAGAGAUGCCCGGGCAUGGACGGUCCUCCUGCGGGGAUAUGCCCAGCUCGGGCAUGUCCAUCACACGUGGAGGCUCUUCGCCACGUGUCCAAGUCUGGACACUGUCACGUGGAGCGUGGCCAUUGGCGCGCUCGCCUCGAGCGGCUUGCUCGUGGAGGCGGUGGAGCUCUUCUAUGGGAUGCUCUGCGAGGGAGAAAACCCUAGCGAGGCCACAUACGCGGCAGCGAUCAGCGCUUGCGUACACUUGGGAUUGAUGGAGGAAUCCCAGCGUCAAUUCCGCAGCAUGGUGUUGGAUCUGGAUCGCGCGCCCAAUGUGAAGCUCUACUCGUCCAUGGCCGAUUUGCUUGGGCGAGCUGGGGAGGUGGCGGCGUCCAAGGAGCUCGUGGAGAGUAUGCCAUUUGCGAGUGAUGCGGUCGUGGAGGGAGCGAUGCUGGGAGCUCGCAAGAUCCAUGGGGAUCACUACGGUUAG